AGACUAAUUGUUGCAGAUGAAGAAGUUGUCUUUCCUUAAGGGAGUCGGGUUUCCAUCAUCUACAGUGAAUCUGUCCAUGCAAGAGCAGCACAGAGAGAGACGGGUCCAUUAAACAACGAGCGGUCGGAUCGAGCAGGCGUCACAGAGCUGCAGCUGCGCUCGGAUUCAUAUCACCUAAACAGCUAGCAAGCUGUGAUAGACAACAGCCUCCGGCCGCAACUAAAAUGGUGAAGCAAUAGCAAAACACACACUUUUGAGCAUGGCUGACAAAAAGGGAAAACCAGUCACUUCAAUCAAAACACUCUCAAAAAAAGAACAAGAGCAGCUCAAGAAAAAGGAGGAAGAAAAGGCAGCGGAGGUUUUUGAGGAGUUCUUGGCGUCUUUUGAGUCCAGUGAAAAAAGCGGAGUGAAAACCUUUGUCCGCGGUGGUAUUGUGAAUGCGACUAAAGAGGAGGAAGCAGAAGAAAUCAAGAAAAGUAAGCUGUACCGCCCCCCUACCAAGUUUAUCCCUGUAUCCCAGCAUGUCUCACCAGUAUCAUAUGCUGAAAGCAAAAAGGCUACAUUUAAAAGAAAGGCAGAUGAAAAGAAGAAGAGUAACCUCGAACUUUUCAAAGAAGAACUUAAGCUAAUACAAGAAGAACGUGAGGAACGACAUAAAAGAAAGAAAAAUGACCCUGGUGGUGGUGGUGGAGGAGGAGGAGGUGGCGGAGGAGGAGGAGGAGGAGGUGGAUUUGGAGAUCUGGACCUACCAUUAUCAGGACGAUCAAUAUUAUAUGAUGACCUAACAGCGCCAACCACCACCAACCUCUACAUUAACUGCAUUAGCCCAAAGAUGAAUGAGGAGAUGCUCUGCAAAGAGUUUUGUAAGUACGGCCCCCUGGCCAGUGUGAAAAUUAUGUGGCCCCGAACAGAUGAGGAGCGCUGCAGGACCUCAAAUAGAGCCUUUGUGGCUUUCAUGACGCGGAAAGAUGCAGAGAGAGCACUGGCCGCACUCGAUGGUAAAGUGAUUAUGGGUUUUGAAAUGAAGCUAGGAUGGGGCAAGCCAGCUCGCAUUCCACCUCAGCCUCUCUACACACCGAUGGGGGUGAGGGCCACGCCACCGCCCCCCUCUGGCCUGCCUUUCAAUGCUCAGCCAAGGGAUCGCUUCCGCAAUGACUUCACCAAGCCGCUGGGUGUGGGCAAAGCAGAGUUUGACAAGACUCUGUCCGAUGCCGUAGUCAAAGUGGUUAUCCCAACCAAAAGGAAUCUAUUAUGCCUUAUUCACAGGAUGGUAGAGUUUGUGGUGCGUGAAGGUCCAGUCUUUGAAGCUAUAAUAAUGAACAAAGAGAAGAACAAUCCAGAUUACAGGUUCCUUUUUGACAACAAAAGCCAAGACCAUGUGUACUAUCGUUGGAAACUGUUUUCCAUUCUCCAGGGAGAGUCACCGACAGAGUGGAGAACAUCAGAUUUUCGUAUGUUCCGAGGAGGCUCAUUAUGGAGACCCCCUGUUUUAAACAUCUACUCUCAUAGAGGGGAAGAGAGUGCAGAGGCAGUGGAGGAUGUUUCCCCAGAGGAGGAGGUGAAGAAAGGGCAGCUCAGAGCAGAACACAGACAGAGACUGGAAACCCUGCUCAAAGAGCUGACGCCAAGCAGAGAAGAUGUUGCCAAUGCCAUGCUAUUCUGUCUUGACCGAGCAGAUGCAGCAGAGGAAGUAGUGGGACACAUAACUGACUCCUUUUCCUUGCUUCAGACGCCCCUUCAGAAGAAGAUUGCUAGAUUAUAUCUCGUGUCGGACAUCUUGCAUAAUUCAUGUGCCAAAGUAGCUGGUGCAUCUUAUUAUCGUAAAUAUUUUGAAACGAAGCUGACGCAGAUAUUUGGAGACCUUAAUGCAGCACAUAAAAACAUACAAGCCAGGCUGCAGGCGGAGCAGUUUAAGCAAAAGGUCAUGAGUUGUUUUAGGGCAUGGGAAGACUGGGCCAUAUAUCCUGAGCCUUAUCUGAUCCACCUUCAAAAUAUUUUUCUGGGUUUCGCCAAAAAGGGAGAGGAGCUGACAGAAACAGCAGAAGAAGUCCCUUGUGAUCUUGAUGGUGCACCUAUAGAUGGGUUACCUAUGGACAGAGCUCCUGUGGACGACCUAGAUGGCUGUCCUAUAGGCUGGGACCCUCUGGAUGGAGUCCCAGUUGAUGACAUAGACGGUGUUCCCUUAGGAGCUGCCAUUGAUGACAUCGAUGGCAUGCCCUUGGAUGAAAGCAGUGCUCCACACUCCAGAGUGCCUUUGUCUAAGUGGGAGACGACUGGAGACAGUGGGACUUCUUCUCAAGCCAAGACUGAGUCUAAGUGGGACACAGUGGCGGAGCAUGAUAGUGAAGAUGAAGUUAAUGUUAGCAGCAACUCUCGGGAUGGAGACGAGGACUCUGAAAGUGACAGUAGCGCUGAUUCCUGCGGUUUGACGAACUAUGACAGUGCAGUUUUCCAGAGCUCACUCAGAAGUUUUCAAAUGUCUGAGAGCAAAAGGAAGAGGUUGAGAGAGCUGGAGGUAAAGGUUAUGAAGUUCCAAGACGAACUAGAAUCUGGCAAAAAGCAGAAGAAAUCUGGAGUGAGCAUACAACAGCAAGUGGAACAAUACAGAAACAAACUGCUACAGAAGGAGUUUGAAAAAGAUGAAGAAAAGAAUGAGAAGCCAACAUCAAAGGGCAAAGACAGGUCAAAAGAUAUCAGGAAGAACAAGGAAAGGAGUAAAAGAAAUGAAGAUGGGGACCGAAGACGGAGUAGUCCUGGAGAACAUACCCGAAAAUCAAGGAGCAUCUCUCCUUUAAAGAAUAAAUCUCCUAAAUGGUCUAAGCGCUCCCGAUCACCAUCUCCACACCAGAAGACAAGCAAAUCCAGGUCCCGGUCACCACAUCGCUCCCACAGGAAGUCAAAAAAGAGCAAACACUGACUCUCAUCAUGCUUUACUGUGCUGUAUCAGCCUGCCAGUGUCAAUGAGUAACCCAACGCUCUCCUGCAGUGCUGACCAACAUGUCUGUUCUCUUGGCCCCAACUUCAACUAUCCACACCAGAUUCAGCACUCUUUUGUACAAUGAAGAUUGAAAACUGUAACUAAUUCUAUAUAUUUUUGUUUCAUGUUUGUUUUUAAGACAAUAACCAGAUAAGUUCUGACACUAAAUAAAUCACUGUUGUUGAUGA